CGUCCUCAAGCUCGCCUACCUCAAGACAAUAUGGGAAAAGUUCACGGCUCCCUUGCCCGUGCUGGUAAAGUCAAGUCCCAGACCCCCAAGGUCGAAAAGCAGGAGAAGAAGAAGACUCCUAAGGGUCGGGCCAAAAAGCGCAUGCUCUACAACCGUCGCUUCGUGAACGUUACCACCCUUCCUGGUGGCAAGCGCAAGAUGAACGCGAACCCCGAGUCCAAGUAGCCUCCCUCCGAUGCCGCCGACAUACGCAAGACGCACUAUGCGUUCAUACUAUAGCCCGCAGCUACGGAGCGCUUGAAGGAGCCGGGAGAGUCACAAAUCGUCGUCGCACUCGCACUCGUUCUGUAUCCAUGCAUAUCUUUAUCGCACUCUCAUGCACGCUCCGGUUUCUACUUCUGUGACUAGGAUGUACGCGUCCACACCUUCUGUAUGAUUAUGGCCGCGUGUUGUCACGCAUCAUCCACGGGCUCUUGGAAUUA